GGUGACUCCGAAGAAGAGCGUGGUCUUUAAGCGCAGUCUCCUCCGUCGUGUCGCUCAGCACCAUGUUAGCGCUGCGCUCUCUGUCCCGUACCGCGCUCCUCAGAUAUACCGCUGCUGCUCAGUUUCACGCGACUUCAAACUGCAGUGGCGCGAAAGUCGCUGUUGUUUUGUCAGGAUGUGGUGUCUAUGACGGCACUGAAAUUCACGAGGCAUCAGCAAUCCUUGUGCAUCUCAGUCGGGGAGGUGCUGAGGUUCAGAUGUUUGCUCCGGAUGUGUCUCAGAUGCAUGUGAUAGACCACGGCAAAGGUCAGCCUGUGGAGCAAGAGUCAAGAAACGUCUUAUCAGAAUCAGCACGCAUUGCUAGGGGCAGCAUCACAGACCUGGCAAAACUGAAUGUCAGCAAUCACGACGCGGUCAUUUUUCCUGGUGGAUUUGGUGCAGCCAAAAACCUGUCAACAUUUGCCACUGAUGGAAAGGACUGUAAGGUGAACAAGGAAGUUGAGCGGGUUUUAAAGGACUUCCAUAAUGCAAGAAAGCCAAUAGGGUUGUGCUGUAUAUCUCCAGUGCUGGCGGCAAAAGUUCUUCCUGGUGUGGAUGUGACGGUGGGUCAUGAGGAGGAAGAAGGUGGGAAGUGGCCAUAUGCUGGUACUACUCAAGCCAUCACUGCACUGGGAGCCAAACAUACGGUCAAAGAAGUCACCGAGGCCCAUGUGGACAAAAAGAAUAAGGUGGUGACCACACCUGCUUUCAUGUGUGAAACGAAGUUGCACUUGAUUUUUGAUGGUAUCGGUGCCAUGGUCAGAGACGUCCUGAAGCUCAGCGGGAAGUGAAAAUUCAACCAGUAUAUCAACCGGUAUAUGAUCUGUAUCUGACUGCUUAAAUGAUAAACGGUAGGCUUUUUCUUGCUGUGAUUUUUAGUAAUUUGCAAAACAAGACUUGACAGACAUUACUAAUCAAACGUAUACGUGUUAAUGAUAUUUUGGUGAGUAUCCAGCAGAGGGCACUCUCUAUAUUCAAAAAAGAUAAUGUGAAUUAUAUUUAGGUCCAUGAUUUUUUUUUCAGUCUUGAAGACUUGCCAUGUAAGAUAAACUCACCAGAGUUGUUUUAAAAAAGAGAGUAUCGACAUAAUAUAACACUGAACCAGUUAAAAGCUUGACAACUCCUUAUGGUUGUUUGAAGUAGACACGGUCAUUGUCGUGUUGAAAUAUGAAGUUUAAAAUGAUGAAUAAAGUAAAUAAUUUUCUAAAAAAA